AUGAAGCCAGAGGAGACCCAUGAUUCUGUUUACCGGCCCUUGGAUGAGAUGCACCAUGUUCAAAGAGGAGUACUGCAAGCCCUUGGGGCCAUCCAGAUCUUGAAUGGAAUACUGAUUCUAGCUCUGGGUAUUUUUUUGGUUUGUUUAAAACAGUUGUCCCACCACUUCAUCAAUUUCUUCUUCUUCACCUUCUACACAGGCUACCCACUCUGGGGUGCUGUGUUUUUCAUCACCUCAGGAUCUUUGAGUGUUGCAGCAGGGAGAAGCCCCACAAGAACGCUGAUGCAAAACAGUUUUGGGAUGAACAUUGCCAGCACAAUGAUCGCAUUUGUUGGGACUGCUUUCCUUUCUGUACAUUUGGCACUCAAUACCCUGGCUUUCAGAGCUUGCCGGUCCUCACAGUCACCUGAUAUUUGCAUUUUCCUGGGUUCCUCAUCAAAUGGCCUGGUGUCCUUAAUGCUGAUUUUCACCCUGCUGGAGCUGGCCCUGACCAUUUCUCUCUCAGCCAUGUGGUGCCUAGGAAAUGUUUGUGGUUUAAGAGAGAUUAGUUCUUCACCUCCUAAUUCUGUGGAGUCAGGAUUACCCCCUGAAGAAAGCGAUUCUGAGAACCUGAUCACCCAGCCUCAAACCAUCGAAGAGUGA